GCCAUGGGGCUGGGGCUGCUGCUCCCACUGCUGCUGCUGUGGACUCAGGGGACCCAGGGGUCCGAGCUGGACCCCAGUGGGAAGCACGUCUGCAUGGCCGGCAGCCCCUCUGCUGAGCUCCAGUGCUGCCCAGGCUGGAGGCAGAAAGAUCGGGAAUGCACCAUCCCCAUUUGUGAGGGGCCGGACGCCUGCCGGGAAGAUGAGGUCUGCGUGAAACCAGGCCUUUGUCGAUGCAAACCUGGAUUCUUCGGGGCCCAGUGCAGCUCCCGCUGCCCGGGCCAGUACUGGGGCCCCGACUGCCGUGAGAGCUGUCCCUGCCACCCGCAUGGCCAGUGCGAGCCAGCCACGGGCGAGUGCCAGUGCCAAGCCAAUCGCUGGGGCGGCCGCUGCGAGUUCGCGUGCGCCUGCGGCCCCCACGGGCGUUGCGACCCCACGACGGGCGUGUGCCGCUGCGAGCCGGGCUGGUGGUCGCCCACGUGCCACCGGCCGUGCCAGUGCAACCCGGCGGCUGCGCGCUGCGAGCCGGCCACGGGCGCCUGCCUGUGCGAGCCGGGCUGGUGGGGCCGCCGCUGCAGUUUCCGCUGCGCCUGCCACGGCUCGCCGUGCGCGCAGGAGUCGGGCCGCUGCGCCUGCCGGCCGGGCUGGUGGGGCCCCGAGUGCGGGCAGCGGUGCGAGUGCGUGCGCGGCCGCUGCAGCGCCGCCUCCGGCCAGUGCGCCUGCCCGCCCGGCUUCCGCGGCGCGCGCUGCGAGCGGCCCUGCCCCGCCGGCAGCUACGGGGCGCAGUGUCGCGACAGCUGUGGCCACUGCAAGCAGAAUGAGCCAUGCUCUCCAGACACAGGCAGCUGUGAGUCCUGCGAGCCAGGCUGGAAUGGAACCCAGUGCCGUAAGCCCUGCCCACCUGGCACCUUUGGCGAGAGCUGCAGGCAGCAGUGCCCCCGCUGCCGGCUUGGGGAAGCCUGUCAGCCAGACACUGGGCACUGUCAGCGCUGUGACCCUGGCUGGCUGGGGCCCAGGUGUGAAGACCCCUGCCCAACUGGCACCUUUGGGGAGGGCUGUGGCUCUACCUGCCCCACCUGUGUUCAGGGGGCCUGCGAUGCUGUGACAGGUGAAUGUAUCUGCAACGCCGGCUACUGGGGGCCCAGCUGCAACACUUCCUGCCCAUCUGGCUUCCAUGGAAACAACUGCUCAGUUCCCUGCGAAUGCCCAGAGGGACCCUGCCACCCUCUGUCUGGGGCCUGCCAGCUGGGCCCUCAUGGGCAGGAUGCUGCCCUCAUCGCAGGCAUCCUCGUGCCUCUGCUGCUGCUGCUCCUGGGCAUCGCCUGCUGUGCCUGCUGCUGCUGGGCUGCCCGGGUGGAUCCCAAGGACAGGCCAGUAAGAAAUGGAGCUGCCAUGUCCAGGAUGAAGCUGCAGGUCUGGGGGGCACUGACCAGCUUGGGCUCUGCACUGCCCUGUGGUUCCCUCAGCAGCCACAAGCUACCCUGGGUGACAGUCUCGCACCACGACCCGGAGAUCCCCUUCAACCACAGCUUCAUUGAGCCACCCUCGGCGGGCUGGGCCUCUGACGACUCCUUCUCUUCUGAUCCCGAGUCUGGAGAGGAAGAGGAUAGUCCUGCGUACUGUGUGCCACCCCGAGAAGGGAUGGUUCCUGUGGCCCAAGCAGAGUCGUCAGAGGCCAGCCUGGCUGGAGGCUCCUUCCCUCCCCCUGAGGAAGCCUCCACGCCAUUCGCCAUCCCACGCACAUCCAGCCUAGCCCGGGCUAAGCGGCCAUCAGUCUCCUUUGCUGAAGGCACCAAGUUUGCUCCGCAGAGUCGCCAAAGCUCUGGGGAGCUCUCCAGCCCUCUCCGAAAGCCCAAGAGGCUCUCUCGAGGGGCCCAGCCAGGUCCUGAGGGCCAAGAGGCUGAGGAGUCCAUAGGUCAAGAGCAAGCAGAAACGGACGAGGCCCCUCCUGCUGCCACCAGCCCCAGGGACUCAACCACUGGCCGCCAUCGGCUCCUGCUCGGUGGUCGGACGGUGGCUGAGCGUGUGGAAGACAUUGAAGGUAAUGUCCAGGACAGCUCAGGCGCUGUAACCACGAUCUACAUGCUGGCAGGGACGCCCCGGGGAUCUGAGGGCCCUGUCCGGUCUGUCCUCCGCCGUUUUGGUAGCUUCCAGAAAGGCCAGGCAGAGCCCAAGUUCAAGAGUGCCAUCCCUAAGCCUCCACGCCGGGCCCUGAGUCGGAACAAGGGCAGCCCUGGGCUGGCCUCUGGCUCUGCCAGCCAGAGCCCUGGAUCAGCCACGAAUGCCGAGCUCACUGGGGCCAUGGCAUCUACAGGAGUCAGGCCAGAUGAAGGGGCCAUGGGCCUGGGGGAUGGCUUUGAGAGCUCAGGGACGGCCCAGGAACUGGUCUCCAAAGGUGACCCCACAGAAGAAAAUCCCCAGAAGCAGGCUGAAGAGGAAGAGCAGGAGGAGCCCCAGUAUGAGAAUGUUAUACCUAUCUCUGUGCCAUCAGAGCCCUGAGGACCUUGAACUUCGCAAGUGGGAAAAUUAUGGAUGGGAUUGGGCAGGGGGUGCCAGAACUGCCCAUGGACCAGAUUGUGCUUUGUGGUGGAAAAUGAUCCUAGAUCCAGGACAGACAUAGCAGAGCCUCUGCCCUUCCAUAGGGAAAACGCAAGGGUUAGAGGCCAGUUGGCUCUGGGACCUGGCAGUGCUCCAAGAAUUGGUCUGGAAAGCCUGGGCAUAGACCUCACAGGAUGGGGUCAGUAAGGGGGAAGAGAUGGCUGCAGGUUUUUCUCUGUUCUCCUGGAUUGUGUUUGCCCCAAAGGGCUAUUCUUUCCUUUAUUUGCAAAACAUUUGUCUGAAAUGGGAAACAACGUAAAUGUUUGAUGAUAAAAAAUUGGUUAAGCAAAUAUUUCUUGUGAUAGGUUACCACACAACCGCUAAAAUUCAUGUUGUGCAAGAAUAUUUAAUAUGGGAGAUACGGGAGAAUGUUCAUGCUAUGCUGUUAAGUGUGUAAAAAGUAAGUUACAGAUUAGGGUAUACAAUACAG